GCUGAGGUGGCAAUAAAGAAGGAAGUGGAGAGGAUCCUAAAAGAGAAGGAAGAGGAGAUGAAGAGACAGAAAGAAGAGCUUGAACAAAAACAUGAGGAACAAAUAAAAGCAAUGGAAAAAAGAAUGGAAGAACAAUUAGCGGAAACUGAACAGGAGAGAAAACUGAUAGAAAAACAACUUAAAGAAAUGGAGGAUAACAUAAAGGAUGAACGUGAACAGAGAAAAAGAGAACAGGAAAGGCGAGAAGCAGAGGACCACCAAAGAAAAAUACAAGAUGAACUUCAACAACAAGAGUUGGAACAAAAGCGUAUAAAUCUGGAGAAAAAAUUAAAGGCAGAAUCAAAGGAAAAGGAAAUAACUGACCGACAGCUGGAACAAAGCAGAGAAGAGAUGAGGAAAGAACGAGAGAAGUGGGAAAAGGAAAGGAGUGAGUGGUGGGACAAGCGACAUCAAGAAAAUGAACAGAAACAAGCAAAACUUAGAAAACUGCAAGAAGAAUAUGAUCAGGAAAGAGAAAAAUAUGAAAAGAAGAGAAAAGAUGAGGAUCGAAUGAGAAGAGAGCAAGAGGAGAAGGAGCGGGAAGAACUGGAGGAAAAAUAUAAGAAAAAACUGAAAGAAAUGAAGAAGAAAUAUGAAGAAGCAGCCAGAAAACAGGCUGAAGAGUUCAACGAGUUCAGACAGAAAUACACCAAAGACUUUACAGCUCUGGUAGAAAAACACAUGGAGCAAAUACAAGAACUGAAACAACAACAUGAGAGAGAAAUGCAGCAGACAGAGGACAGACGCAGUAAAGAUUACAAACAGUUGGAUGAACUCUCCAGUCACAAGGAAAAAUCUCUCAAAGAACAAAUUGAGGUCUUGAAGAAAAAGCAUGAGGAAGAAAUAAAAGCUCUGAAAAAGAAUUAU